AUGUCCAUUGAAAUGGACAGCGGAAUAUCGGAGAAUGAACUUGAAGAUUUAUUAAAUAAAUUUGCGAAUGAUGAUUUUUCUGCCGAAAUCGAUAAUGAAAUGCUGGCUAAUACAGAAAUAGACUUACAUGAAGAAGACGAUCAAACAACAAAUGAAACUCAACAGUCUGAAAAUGAAGUCUUUGAUUUAACACCAGUGCAGUUUCCAUUUGUCCAAAAAAAAGAUAUCAAAUGGAUAAAUAAACCAUUUCAAGAGCCGUAUAUAAAUCUAACAGAUUUAGAACCAAUAGAUUGUCCCUCCACUAUACCACAACCGAUCGGUAUGUACUGGGAACAAAAAUUUCGCGUAAAUAUAAUUGCCGAUACAAUGCCCAGAAAUAGAUUUUAUUCUAUUCGACAAAAUAUUCAUAUCAUCAACAAUAUGGAUAUAGCUCGUGAUAAUACCGAUAAAUUUGUAAAAAUUCGUCCAUUAUUUGAUGCUCUAAAUAAUCGAUGUAAACAAUUACCAGUAGAACGAAACCUUAGUGUUGAUGAACAAAUAGUUCCUUUUAAAGGCCAAUUGGUUGUAAAGCAAUAUAUGAAAGGAAAACCGAAUCCAUGGGGCAUUAAAAUAUUUUUACUUUGUGGUCAAAGUGGCAUUGUCUAUAAUAUGAUUCUUUAUCAAGGAGUUUCAACUAAUAUUAACAAGGAUUUACAAAAAAAUUUCGGUCUAGGUGGAGCAGUUGUCCUCGAUCUUACUAAACAUCUUACACCAAAUCGAGGAACUUCUUAUGAAGUAACUUCAACAUUAGGAGUAGGACUGUUGAAAUGGUGCGACAACAAAGCAAUAACCAUGGCAUCUAACUUCAUUACUUCAGGAAAACCGGAAUCUGUUUCUCGCUGGGACAAAAAAAAUAAACAAUAUAUUAAUAUCGAAAGACCAGAAAUUAUCAAACUAUAUAAUAAAUCUAUGUUGGGAGUGGACAAACACGAUCAACUUGUGAGUUAUUAUCGCGUGUAUAUGAAAUCUCGAAAAUGGACGCUGCGUAUGAUAACUCAUGCUUUUGAUAUGGCUGUGGCAAAUUCUUGGCUCGAAUACAAACAGGACGCAGAAAAUAUGGGAAUACCAAAAAAAGAUCAAAAAGAUUUGUUGCAUUUUAAAACCACUUUGGCUGAAGAGCUAGUGAUGGUUGGACGAUUCAGCCCCGGAAAAAAAAGGGGUCGUCCAACAUCUUCACCAUCCAGUAGUACAAGAUCUGCAGAAUGUCGUUCACCUACACCCGCCAAAACAUCGUCAAAAGCAUUGGAGUUUCGACCAACGGAAGGUGUAAGCAAAGAUCUUUUUGGACAUUUUCCCGCGUAUGAUGAUAAAAAAGAAGCAACACGAUGCAAAAAUAAAAAAUGUACAGGCCCUAGGGCAAGGGUGGCAAAACAGUCGAUCGCGGACAAUUUCAAAGUCGAUCAUGUAAGAAAUAAUUUUUAG